AUCGAGUAACCAACGACUGCCAAGUUUUGUUUCUUCAACAAAGUUCCGAAUUUGCCGUACUCCCAAACCAGCUCGAUCGUACCGAUUUGGUGCUUAAUCGCAGGCAAAUGGCAUCCGUUUCGUCGAAAACUCCAAUGCUCCGUGCAGCAGCGGCUCGUGGCUAUGCCGCUCACGCACAGGCGGCCGCCGCCAGCCGCGGUUCGUCCGAGGUGCAAACAACGACCCUUCCGAACAAGCUAGUCGUCGCUUCGGCCGAAGCAAAUGCUCCGGUGUCGCGCAUUUCCGUUGUUUUCCGCGCUGGAUCGCGCAACGAAACCGCUGACUGCGUCGGGGCAGCUCACGUCCUGCGGGCCGCCGGCGGUCUUUCGACGAAGACGGCCACGGCGUUCGGCAUCACGCGCAACAUCCAGCAGGCUGGCGGUAGUCUGACCACGCAAGCUGAUCGUGAGCUGGUAACGUACACCGUGGCCGUUACGAAGGAUCAGCUCGAGGUUGGCCUCAAGUACUUGGAAGCCACCGCCACCGGGCAGGUGUUUAAGCCUUGGGAGCUGGCCGAGCUUACGCCGCGGAUUCGCAAUGAACUGGCACGUCUACCGAAAGAGGUGAAGGCUGUCGAGCUGCUGCAUAAGGCCGCAUUCCGUAAUGGACUUGGUAAUUCCGUCUUCUGCCCAGACUAUCUGGUCGGUAAGCAUUCGUCGGAAACGAUGCAACACUACUUUGCGGCCAAUUGCACCACAAACCGUGCGGCGGUGGCUGGCGUGGGUGUUGAUCACCAACUGCUCGUAGGGUUCGCUCAGAACCUUGGACUCGAUUCCGGCAGCGGAACGGAUAACAAGUCCACUUUCAACACCGGUGAAGUGCGACACAAUGGAUCUGGGUCGCGUGCUGCCGUCGCCGUUGGUGCGGAAGCUGUCGGUUGGAACUCGUUGAAGGAGGCGAUGGCUUUCUGGGUGCUUCAGCACGCCGCCGGCGUUGGACCGGCAGCAAAACGUGGCGCCAACAAUGGUCCUUUGACAAAGGCAUUGGGCAAUGUUAACUGCAGUGCGCUUUACAAUAGCUACAGUGACAACGGACUGUUCGGAUUCGUCCUUGUGGGUGACGCCAAGGAAGCAGGAAAAGCUGUCGAGGCUGGUGUGAAAGCCCUCAAGUCGCUCUCGCUCAAUGAUGCGGAUGUAGCGCGUGGCAAGGCGGCCGCCGUUGUAACCGUUGCCGAGUACGUCGAGAAUCACAGCACGCUGCUCGCUCAGCUCGGGGAAGAAGCCGCUCUGGCCGGACAGGUGUACAAAAAGAGCGACCUGAUUGCGGCCGUUAAUGCCGUCACGGCCAGCGAUGUGCAAGCUGCCGCCAGAAAGGUCGCGUCCAGCAAACUGGCCGUUGGUGCCGUAGGAAAUCUGGGACACGUGCCGCACCUUUGCGACCUGCAUUAAUUCAGUAGAACGGUUCCUAAAUCUGUACCCUCCCGUCUAUUGGAAGCAAUCAGCAGCUUCAGGAAGACAUAACCGACAAAAAAUGCCCCUUGGACACGCAGUGCGUAGCAUAACACUUGUAGCAAAACUCUUACGUGAUCAAUCGACUCAAAACCGAGCGCGGAAUUCAGCACAUUGUCCAACAUGACCGCUAGCAACAGUGCAAACCACCUUGAUUCCUGCAAUUGCGACAUUUGUUGUUUGUUUGCGGUACCAAAAAUCGAUGUCAAUGGUGAAAAGUUAAUCAAUAAAUAGGAUAAACACUGACAAAGUU